GCCGCGCCGUGCCGUGCCGCGCUCUGCCGACACCCCCAGCCGCCCCCGCGUGGCUGCCUGGGCAUGGAGCCCGCCCUCCUACGUGACGCCCUCCCCGGUGCCCCAGAACACCCGCCGGGAGCACGGGGCGCCAGCCCCUGGCAGGCUUCUAUGGGAGACCGUGGUCCAUGGAGCAGAGGAAGCUUCUCUUCCAAUGGCUCAAGCGCUGGGGGCUGAACUGCUACAUGUAUGCGCCCAAGGAUGAGCUGAAACACCGGCUGCUCUGGCGGGAACCCUACACAGAGCACGAGGCAGCCCAGCUGGCAUCGCUCAUCGCGGCCGCACGGGAGCAGGGCGUGGAGCUCGUCUUCGCCCUCUCCGCGGGGCAGGACAUGGUGUUCUCCAGCGCCAGCGACCGGCUCCUGCUGCAGCGCAAACUCAGGCAGGUGGCAGCAGCCGGGUGCAGCUCCUUCGCGCUGCUCUUUGACGACGUCGACCCUGGCCUGUGCCAGGCCGACCGCGCCGUCUUCCCCUCGCUGGCCCAGGCUCAGGCUUCCGUGGCCAACGAGGCGUACCGGGCGCUGGGGCAGCCGCCCGUCUUCCUCUUCUGCCCCACAGAGUACUGCAGCGCGCUCUGCUCCCCCAGCCCCAGCCGCUCCCGCUACCUGCUGAGCCUGGGCCAGGAGCUGCUGCCGGGCAUCGGCAUCAUCUGGACAGGCCCCAAGGUGGUGUCACGGGAGCUGUCGCCGGUACUCCUGGAGGAGGUGGAGGGCGUCCUGGGCCGCAGCCCCGUCAUCUGGGACAACCUCUAUGCCAACGACUACGACUGCCGCCGCGUCUUCCUGGGCCCCUUCACGGGCCGCCCCCCCGGGCUCAUGUCCAGGCUUCGCGGGCUCCUGCUCAACCCCAACGGCGAGCUCCAGGCCAACUAUGUGCCCCUGCACACGCUUGGCACGUGGCUGCGCUGCAGCCGGCGGGGACACGGCGUGCACACAGAGGAAGACGCUGCAGCAGAGACCCAGGAGGAGCCGAGCUACAGCCCGCAGGAGGCGCUGGACCAGGCCCUGUGUGGCUGGGUGGGCGAGAUCCGCCAACAGGUGCCGGAUCCAGCGGGCAGCCCUGAGGAGAUGGUGUCUGAACCAGAGCCAGGUCCCAGCAGCGAGAGCCGGAGCCACCCAAAGCCCCUGAGCGCAGCAGCGGGCAGCAGGGAGCCGGCGCCGGCACCGGGGCUGCACAGCAAGAGCAGGGUGCUGGAGGGGGCUGCAGAGCCUGGGGACAGCAACACCGGGCAGGACGGGGCUGCGCCCAUGGGCAGGGAUGAGGACAUGGCCCCUGAGGCGCCAGUGCCACCCCCCGCAGCCCAGGUGCCGACCACCCCAGGCCUCUCAACUCCCCGUGGUACCGUGGCCAACGCCCAAUGGAGCCCCCCAGUGCCCGUGGCUGACAGCACCGAUGAUGCAGACCCCGCGCCAGCCAGGGCCAGCACGGCCAACAGCUGCCGGAGCCCCCCAGUGCCCGUGGCCAAUGGAGCCAGUGCCAGCCUGGACCCUGCACUGCCCGUUGCCCACGUAAUCGAUGCCAUCCAGAGCGCCGCGGUGCUCAUGGCUGAUGGUGUCAGCACCAAGCUGAGCCCCGUGCUGCCCCUGGCCAACGGCACGGGCACUGGCUCGGAGCCCCGCUGGGCCCAGGCGGAGAGUAGCCCGGCAAAGGGGCUGGGGCUGGAGGAGGUGCGGCUGCUGGUGGAGCUCUUCUACCUGCCCUACGAGCACGGGGCGCAGGCCGCCCAGCUCCUGCAGCACUUCCGCUGGCUCCAGGCCAACCGCCGCGGCCCCCGCGCCCCAGGCAGAGCCAGCGACGCCGACCUGGAGGAGCAGUGGCAGCGCCGGGCCCAGGCCUUCCAGCAGCUCUGCAGCCGCAUCUGCCACCUGCACGGGCGCUUCGUGAGCUGCACCAGCCGCGCCCUGCGCUACGACCUGCACCGCUACCUCUGGGACCUGCGCACCGUCGUGCUGGCCGCCCGCGCCUUUGCCCUCUGGCUGGACGGCCGCAUCCUCGCUGACCCCGACCCGCAGGGCAUGUGGAGGAGCUGCUUCCGCUGGUGCCAGAGCAGUGCUGCAGCCCUUGCCCUGGCCGGGGAUGCGGAGCCCUGGGUGCGCCGCGGUGGCCUCUCUGGGGAGCUGCAGGCGCUGCUGCCCGUGGGGAACAGCUGCGAGCUCUUCCACUACCCACCCCCACUCGUGCCCUCCAGCCAGCACUACACCCUCCGGCCCCUGCUGCCACAGGACCAGGACGAGCUGUACCGGCUAUCCACAGGGACUGGGAUGAGGCUGGCAUGCCUGUUGUACUGGGACAUGCCUGGUGGGUGCUGUGCUCUUGCCCUGGCUGACAGGCUCCUGGGUAGCUUCCUGCGGCUGAGCCCCAAGUACACGUUCGUGCUGGAGGACACGGCAGGGCCCUGUGGGUAUGCAGCCGGCACCCUCCAUGCCCAGCGCUUCCUGCAGCUGCGCGAGCACAUCUGGCUGCCCACCAUGCGGCUCAAGUACCCCCGUGCCCCGGACAGCGCUGCUGCGCAGGGAGCCGUGGGGGAGGCGCUGAUGUCCUUCCAGGCAGAGCCGCUGGCUGUGCCCCCGGCCGUGCUGCAGCGCUUCCCCUCACUGGUGCAGCUGGGCACUGCGCCACGUGCACUGGACCCCGGCGCUGCCCGCAGCCUGGCCAUCGCCCUGCUCAGUGCCCUCCGUGCCAAUGGGUCCCGGGGCGUGUUCUGCGAGGUGAGCGCCGCGCACCACCACCAGCUGCAUUUCUACGGGAAGCUCGGCUUUGUGACGCUGCCCGGCGGGCGGGCCCAUGGCCCUCGCACCCAGCUCCUGGGCCGGCUCCUCUGAGCACGUGGCCGUGGCCCCGAGCCAGGCACAGUGUGGAUGCAGGCAGGGCAGAGGGCAGCACGGCAGUGACACAGGCCCCAAGGGGACGAGCAGGCCAGGUGCAAGCCCUCAGGCGAUAGGCCCCACAGGCUUCCCCUGUCUGGACAGGGUGGCGGGGAUACCCUGGCCCCAGCCCCAGCCCCAGCCCUGCUGGCCCUGUGGCAGGAGCAGAGGGUCUUGGUGACAGGGUGCUCGCCCUGCCGCAGGCUCUGCAGGAGCUCCCACGUGAUGUGCACGGGAAGGACAGGGCCUGGGGCUUGCUGCCCACGCGGCAUGGCCUGUGGCUGUGAGGAAGGAGACGUGUGCCCUGGGGAUGGUGCUGCUUCAGCCACAAUAAAGGACAUG